UGUGAAGAGAGAGAGAGAGAGAGAGAGAGAGAGAGAGCACUUUACCACUCUUAUACGCUGCACGCAUCCCAUCCCAGAAAAACACAAGCAACAACAAAGAGUGUUUGCCACACACAAAAAAGAAAAGGAGAAUAGAAUCACAUUCAUGGCUUUCACCCAUCACUGGAACUGUUUGGAGCUCAAUAACAACCCAGACAAUCAACAACAACAACAACAACAAAACAACAAGCUUUAGAGCUUCGAAAUCAGCUUAAUUUCUAAGCCUUGGUUGUGGAUUUGUAAAAUCAAGCCCCAUUGCUGCGUUCUCUUUUCUGGGUGUGGUUGUGGAGGCAAAAGGUUCAAACUUUGAAAAAAGCUGGAGUCUUUUGUGUGGGUGGUUGUGUGGGUUCUUGUUGGUGCUGUUGUUGUUGUUGGUAGCUUUCUUAAAUGAAGGCGAUGCCCUUUCCUUCUGAGGAAUUUCAAGGGAAGGGAGUGUUGGAUUUCUCUUCUUCUUAUUGUUCUGCGACAGAUCUGUUCUCACUGCUUCAGCAUCAACAGCAACUUGUUAAUAAUCAUAGUAUCCAUCAGCCACCACCACCACCACAAGAAGAAGAAGAAAAGUGGAGGAGACGGGAAGAAGAAGAAGAAGAAGAGAACAAAGGCUAUGUGGGCUGCACUGAGCCCACAUCUGUUCUUGACUCAAGAAGAAGCCAAAGCCCUCCUUCAUCCUCCUGCACAAUGUCCUCUUCUCUUGGUAGCAGCAACAACAGCACAAGCAAAGGUAGUGCUGGUGGUGGUGGUGGUGGUGGCUGCUCAGCUUCUGCUGCAGCACUAACCUCAGAGAACCCUCCUCCUCCUCCAGAAGGAUCCAUGGAGAAAUGUGGCGGUACAAGAAUGAUGGAUGACUGGGAGGGUCAAGAUCAGUCCAUUCUGAGGUUAAUCAUGGGUGAUGUUGAGGACCCUUCUGCUGGUUUGACCAAGCUCUUGCAAACUGGCUCUCACAAUGUUGAUUUCAGUUCGGGAGGGUUUGGUGUUGUGGAUCAAGGAGGCUUGAUUAUGGACCCUUCUGUGCCAGGGAAUUAUCCUGCUUUCCCAUUCCUUGGGGCCGAGAAUACGGAUGGUCACAUUGCAAAGACCGGUGGGGUUGCUGAACCCAUGUUUUCAUCCGGUAACAAUCCUAUGUUAGCCUCCACAUCUCCAGCUGCAGGUGUGUUUGGCUCUCAGCAGCCUGUGUUUGGAAUUGUGGAUGAGAAGCCUCAGGUUAUCAACCCUCAGUUUAUGAUGAAUCAUAAUCAAGUUCAGUUUUCAGAGAAUCCUUCAUUCUUUGUGCCAUUGACAUACCCCCAAAUGCAAGAGCAACAUGUUGUUUACUCUCAGCAACCAGCAAAGCGCCCUCUUUCGGAUGCAACCGUCGGUCACAAUUAUCAGGUGCCGAGAUUACCCCUUUUGGAUUCGGGGCAGGAGCAAUUUGCUAGGAGGCAGCAGCAGGCCCAGCUUCCUUUGUUUCCUCAUCAUAGUCAGCAGCAGAAGGUGAGUUCUGCCGGAGACGAGGCGAGCAACCAGCUUCAGCAGGCUAUGUUUGACCAGCUUUACAAGACUGCUGAGCUGAUAGAAGCUGGUAAUCCGGUUCUUGCGCAAGGGAUAUUGGCGCGGCUCAAUCACCAGCUCUCCCCGAUCGGCAAGCCUUUUCAAAGGGCUGCUCUCUACAUGAAGGAGGCAUUGCAACUACUGCCCCAUUCAAACAUCUCCAAUUUAACGGCUUUCUCACCUAUCAGUUUCAUAUUCAAAGUUGGAGCUUAUAAAUCAUUUUCAGAGAUAUCACCGGUUCUCCAGUUUGCAAACUUCACUUCUAAUCAAGCCCUCAUCGAAGCUGUAGAAAGGUUCGAUCGAAUUCACAUUAUUGACUUCGAUAUUGGGUUUGGAGUGCAGUGGUCUUCUUUUAUGCAAGAGCUUGCCUUGAGAAAUAGCGGUGCAUCUUCUCUUAGAGUUACUGCCGUGGUAUCGCCCUCAACCUGCGAUGAGGUUGAGCUCAGUUUUACAAGAGAGAAUUUAAGUCAAUAUGCAAAAGACAUUAACUUAUCAUUUGAGCUCCAUAUCUUGAACAUCGAAUCAUUGAGCUCUCCGUCCUUUCCCCUGGCUGGUCAAUUCUUCGAUAACGAGGCAGUUGCUGUAAAUAUGCCACUUUCUUGUUUCACUCAUCAUCCAUCGCUGGUUCCAUCGGUCCUUCACUUUGUCAAGCAGCUUAGUCCAAAAGUGGUGGUUACUUUGGGCAGGAAUUGCGACCGAAACGAUGUGCCUCUUCCAACCAAGGUAGUCCAUGUUCUUCAAUAUUACUCAGCCUUGCUCGAGUCGCUUGAUGCUGUGAAUGUGAACCUAGAUGUCCUCCAAAAGAUUGAGAAGCACUUCAUCCAACCAUCUAUUAGAAAAGUAAUCGUGGGUCACCACCAUUAUCAUUCACAAGAAAAGCUACCUCAUUGGAGGAACCUCUUUGCUCAAUCAGGAUUCUCAUCAUUCACAUUCAGUAACUUCACAGAAGCUCAAGCAGAAUGUCUGGUGCAGCGUGCGCCCGUGCGGGGAUUUCAAGUUGAUCGAAAUCAUUCCUCUCUUGUUCUAUGCUGGCAGCGAAAAGACCUCGUGUCCAUCUCGCUUUGGAGAUGCUAAACUAGCAUCACUUCUUGAAGGUGCUUCAGAACUUACUACUGCAAUUUAUGUAAUUGUUUGUGUAAUUUAAUUUAGGAUUAUCAAUGGAUCAUACCCAUAUGCUUUCUUGACUAGUUGGGUAGAUUCCGCUGUUUUUAUUAUUAGUAUGUCACUUCAAUUGUGGGUAUUAUUAUUAAUCAUGACUUCCCCACCUCCAUCUAGUAAUUAAUUGACUCUAUGGUUUAAAUUCUAUCUCCAUUGUUCCUUUGUUAACUUGAUCGCAAAGCAAAUUGCUUUGUUUGUAAGGAACAAUUUGCCAACAUUGCUGUUGUCUCUUUAUGUUUA